AUGGUUGGGGAAUCAAGAACAGAGCUACUCAAGUGGCUCAACAAUACUUUGGACCUCUCGUACACCAAAGUCGAGCAGUGUGGAAAUGGUGCAGCGUAUUGUCAGCUCAUGGACUCGAUUUAUCAGGAUGUGCCUAUGGCCCGAGUUAAGAUGGGGGCUAAAACCGAUUACGACUGCUCGACCAACAUGAAGAUUCUUCAGGCUUCGUUUCAAAAACACGGCGUGUCACGUAACAUCGAUGUGGACAGAAUCAUCAAGUGCCGGCUCCAGGACAACUUGGAGCUUUUGCAAUGGCUCAAAAAGUAUUGGAUGGAAAGGAAGGAUUUGAACAUCGAAUAUGACGCUGUCGGUAGACGACAGGGAAGAACUGCAGCCCCCACGCCUGGGUCGAGCCGCCAAGUCAGCAGUGCUGGUGGCAGUGUGAGAUCGGUGCUGGCGUCGUCACGGGCGCCGUCUGCCGUUGGAAGUCGUAUUAAUGCCGGUCCCAGAAGCAUCAGCGGACCUGUUUCUUCAAGCAUAAGCAAUGGUUCCUCCGGCGGUGCCACGGCCACCAGUGCAAAAGUGGUGCAGCUAACCAAGCAGUUGGCGGAGGCCAGAACUCAUAUCGAGGAGUUGACGGCCGAAUUGCAGCAUGUCAAAGAGGAAAGAGACCCGUUGGAAAUCGAACGCAACUUCUUCUACAAUAAACUUAUCAGCAUCGAAGAACUCGUCAAUAUUACCAAAGAGGCGGUGGCCAACAACCAACAAACAGUGGUGUUGGGAGACCGGACCAUUGGUGCUGGGUCGAUGGAACUUAUCGAUGAGGUGUAUGCGAUUCUAUGUGCUACCCAGGAGGGGUUUGAAAUUAGUAACGGAGACGACGAUGGGGUGGUUGCUGCCGAUGUCGAAAUGUCGGUGGAGGCCGACCGAUUCAAUCUCGAGGCCGAAACUUUUUAG